AUGUUUAUCCCAGCUUUGCUGGCCGCUCGUGGGCCUAUCACGGCUCUGACUAUCUUGGUGAGCACCGCAACUUUCAGUGCUGGUGCCUUCUUCGUCGCUCUUCGCAACACCGCUCUCGAUUGUCCUCGUCACUCUGCCACCAACGCCGCCUGUGGCGUUGAUAUCCUCACUGAUCUCGUUACCUUCAUCGCCGCCGCUGGUGCCACUGCCGGAGCUACAUUUAUCGGACUGACUACUCCCACUCCCCGUGAUUCCCCUAUUUUCCGUGUCGACGGUGUCGAUGUUGAUUGGUACGAAAAUGCAAACUCGCAUCGCCAUGGACUCAAUAGGACUAUUGACAAUCCCGCUGUCGUUGAGUGGCAGUUUAAUCACACCUCACCUAUCCAGAAAUACAUCACAUAUGAGAAAGAUGGCUAUCUCCAUAAGCGCCUUGAUACUGGAGUUGACAUUCCCGACCCGAGUGGAAAGAGAGCUUAUUGCCGCGCUUACUACGAUACCCGCUUUUGGUCCGACGACUUACGCAACUGGGAGUACCGUACAACCCCUGCUGCUUCUGUCUGUAAGUUACAUCAAUAUCUCCCUUUCUAUCUAGAUAUACAACUUACACAACUGGGAGGGGCCGACAUUGGUGAAGAUCUAUUCUACCAGUUCGUAAACCGAGAAUGGAAAGCAGGAUGUGUGUGGUUCAGAGGAAACAAGGCAGCCAGUGGCGGUAUCUACGAGGCCUCUUUCGAGCUGGGUGCAUCCUGCAGCCAAGAGGAGCCAGCCUAUCUUGACUGUGGGAAGGCUAACUACAACGUUGAGGUUGCCGGGUUUAACUUUUAG